CAUAAUUGGUAUAUUUUGACUUCAUCAAAUAUUAUAUAUAUAACAAUGAGUUUAGAAAACUUAAUAAAGAAUAAAAGAUUACAGUUGAAAUCCUGUAAAACUGUUGUCACAAAUAUGCUUGGUCAAAGGUACCAAGAAGUGAACGGUGAAAAGAAAGAAUUACCAGUUGGAAUACCAUUUGUGGUAGAUAAUAAACCUGACUUACAAAUCAGUCAGAUAAUGUCAGGACUUUAUCUCAGCUCGCAAGAUCCUGUUGCAAAUAAAGAAAUUUUACAAGAACAUAAUAUUCGUCAUAUUUUAAGCGUUGGUAUUAACGUAAUGGAAAAAUUUGAUGGGAUUAAGUAUUAUUACUGUGAUUUAUUAGAUUUACCUGAAUCUGAUCUAAUAGUGCCAGUAAAAAAAUGUAUUAAAAUAAUACAUGAAAAUCGUCAUGAAAAUAUUCUUGUACAUUGCAAUGCCGGUGUAUCUCGUGCACCAACAAUUAUUAUUUCUUAUUUAAUGACUGUUGAGAAGUUACCUUAUAAUGAUGCUUACGACAGAGUGAAAAAGUUGAGAAAUUGCAUUAAACCUAAUGAAGGAUUUGUAAAGCAAUUAAAGAUGUUACAACUUUCAUCUACUUUGCAAUAAAUAUAUUAAAUUGACAAAGUGACACAGUAUUAAUACCGAGAGUUUGUUUAAAAAUGUGGCUAUGAACCACAGAAGGAAAAAAUAACAACUUUUUUAACAAUAGAUUAAUUAUAAUAUAUAUGUAUGUAUAUAUAUAUGUAUGUAUAUAUAUAUUGUUACAAUAGAAUUCAUAUAUCAUGACAUGUGUACAGAGAAUAUUAUUAUUCCAUAAUUACAAUUAUUUUGUAUUUAUAAUUCAUUAGAAAAGGUACAUUCAUGCACAGCAUCUAUCAAAUCUUUAGCCAAAACUAAGCAUAUUAAGAUUGCUAAUUCUGGCAUCUUGUAUAAACCAUGCAUUGGAGAUGACACAUAAGUCGUCGUACCAAGUAGUUUUAUAAAAAUUACUGUAAAUCUAAAAAAUAUAGGUGAAUUUCUGUAUACAUGAUAGUAUCUAUUAUUUUAUUCAUGAUGGUAGUAUAUUAUUGUACGUGCAGUACAAUACCUAUCAUAAUUGAUUAUAUGUAUAUAAUAAUUAUUAUCAAUAUUUAUAUACUAUAUAUAAUUAUAUAUAAACUAAUAUUCACAUUCCUCCAACAAUUGAAAUGAGCUGUCUUGAAGAAAAUAGACAAGGCACUUGAACCGAAUAUCUUUUCUUAGCUAGUUGGCCUCAUAAAUAGUAGAAUGCAAAAAUUUGCACAUCAUACAGCAAACAGUAAAACAGAGAGAAUAAAUAAAAUUAGCUAUUCAAAGAACACGGCGUAUCGCUUUUAAAUUACAGUAUUCAUGAUUUUUCUCUUUCAAUAAUUCCAAUAAUCUCGUGUCUCGUCUUUGAUGACUGCAUAAAUGCAGUGCAAUAAUUAGCAAGGCCUUCUAAAGAUUAUGUUCCCCUGAUAUACAUUCAAUGUUCAUUAAUUUUUGUUAAAUUCAAUAUUUAAUAAUGUACAUUCAGUUCACUG